AUGGGAGGAGGCGCUAGCGGCGGCAAGGGCGUCGCGGGUCAGCCUCCGCUUCCGACUGGGCCCGUGCCGAACCUCAGCCUGGCCGAGGCGAAGCAGCUCUCAGAGCUUUCGCAGAAGGCGGGGGACCUGGUCACGUUCAAGCGCUACUCAGACCUCGUCAAGCACCUGGAGAAUGCACAGAAGCCACCGCCUGCUGUUUCUCCUCAGGCGAAGUUGCAGCAAGCCGACAGUGCCGUCAAGAAGCUGGAGAAGAAGCUCGAGGCCGACCUCGCGCGGAUGCUCAGGCUACAGAACGACCUGGAGGGAGCUACAACCAAGAUGCAUGAGACCAAGUCCGCCCUGGCCAAGGCGGACCAGGACUACAAGAAUGCCUUGGCGGAAUGCAACGAGAGCGCCAAGAUCGGGUCGCCCAGCAACGUGUCGUUGGCGCAGUUCACACCUACUCCGUUGGGCGACCUGGUCGAAGGCAAAGUCGAUAUCAAUUCUUUCUUUUCGUGUGACCUAUUGGACGAGCUCAGCUUGGAGUACGAAGUCACGGAGACCGACCGCAUGGAGUUCGAGAAGCGGAAAGAGUCUUUGCGAGACGGAGUGCAGAAGCUGGCAUCGGACCUUUUCAAGCAAGUCGUCAACGCCGCGCAGGAUGCGAAGAAUGUUCACGUGCUGCAGGCGGUGCUCAGCCUGCUGGUGCGCCAGAUGAAGGUGAAGUUCAAGGUCCACGCGCUGCAGCUCAGGGUGCUACAGCCGCUGCAGCCGCCGCCGAAGCAGAUGGUGAUCGGGACACUGGUGAGGUACCCGUUCCAUCUGACGGCGAACAGGAUGCGGAGAUGGCGGAGCCUGCUGGGCAAGAGCCAGAUGGGCGGGACGUGCGUGAGCGGGCCGCCGAGGCACUGGCAGCGUCGGUCUCGCCGCAGGCGGCUACUGCAGCUGCCGCGGCAGGCCAGCACUCUCUUUAGCCUAGGGCAGCGUGUCCUGGCCAGUAACUUUUUAGCCUUUAAGGACUAUGCCGACAGGAAAUCCGUGAUUAACUCCAAGUCGCACCUGUCGGGCAUCGCCCAGGCCCCCCCCACCCUCACCUCCCCGUUCCCUGUUGGAUCUGCCACGGGCUCAGGAUCAGGUGGUUUUGAAGUUUUUGAAGGUGGAGUUUCGGUUGCGACUGCCAAUCUCAAUUCUUGGGGCACUCUCAAGUCGUACCUGGAGUCGUCGGACGCGUCUGUCAUCCUGGGCCAGGAACAUCGCCUGUUGGAUCCUGACGCCAUUGCGCAAGCCUCUUCGUCUGCUUUGAAGCUCGGCUGGAAGUCGACGUGGUGCCCAGGCAUCCCUGGUGAAGGUGGAGGGGUCAGCUCGGGCACUGCUAUUUUUGCGCGGGACGGCUUCGGCAUGUUCGCUGCGUCUACCACAGUGGUGGUGCCUGGCAGAGCAGUCGCAGCCAUGGUCCAUGCACCUGGUUGCGAAGCUAUCUGUAUGGUCUCUAUUUACCUUAUUCACUCUGAAGGUCUCUCGGAGGGCAACCUCAAAAUCCUGUCAACGGUGGGGGAAUUCUUGGCGAGUCUGACUUGUGAGUUUGUUUUGGGGGGCGACUGGAACUUGACCCCUGACACCCUGGAGGAUUCGGAGUUCGACCUCCUGCUCUCGAGCCAGAUCGUCUUUCCCUCCAGUCGAACGUGUUUUCCCAGCAAGGGCAAGGCGUCCGUUUUUGAUUUCUUCCUGGUCUCGCGGGCUCUGGCCAAAGGAACCAAGUCGAUCCAGGAAGGCGACUGGUCUGGGGCCUUGGAAGUUGCUCGGAGAGGGUACGAAGCGGUUUUGAAUGACGAUUUUUCUUUGGCUGUCAGUACUUUGGACGCAGGUUAUUCCUCUUGGGCUAGGUCUGCGGAGAGGGACCUCGCCAACAUCAUGGGCGUGGAGCUUGGAGUGCAGGGAGCCAGAAGCAAGAGUCCGCAGAUGUACUGGAAGCCAGUUCUCAGGCCUGCAGGGCGGGCACGAGACGCUCACGGUAAGCCGAUUUACUGGCUGCGCGCCCAGCUGCACGCGCUGGUCUGCUACUGUCAGGACUGGACCGUCAACGCUUGCAAUGCUUCUGGCAUCCUCAAGUCUCUUGCAGAUCCAGAUGCGGCG